CACAGGGGAGAAAAUUGAAUCCCUCAACCCCAGUAACCCUCUCCGCCUUUCCAGCUUUCUUUUGCUCCAUGGCACUGGUCAUCAUCAAGGGCCAUCUAUAUUUUACAUAAUUAUGUUUAUAGUGUCUUCUCCCACCGUCUAAACUCCGUGCAGGCAAACAUUAUCGUCUGUUUGUUCCCUCCUGUAUUCCCAGUGCUUCAAACAGAGUCUGGCGCACAGGAGGCACUCAGUGAAUGCUUGCAAAAUGAAUUUUUAUUGUAAUGAAUUUAAUGGAAUAGCCCAGAUUACUAUUAAGCACCUAAUAACAAACGUGACCGACUAUUUUCUCGCUUGGAGGUGUGUGUGGGCAUCCCGUGCCUCAGUUUCACCCGCCCUAAAAUGGGAUCAGGGAUAGCUGUUUCAAUGCCUUGUGGGAAUUCGGUGUGAUUAAAUUUGGUCACUAAGCCAAGCGCAGGGGGCACUGCCUAGAUUGAGUUAGGCCGCCGGCAGGGCCCCAGCAGCGCGGCUUGGUCCCCUCCCAUCAGGCCCCGCCCUGGUAGGCGGAGCCACGGGCCCGGCCAGCACGUGUAAGAGUUCGCAGCGGGUCGCCGCAGUCACUCACCUGAGCGCGCACGGUCCGCGCGUCCUCCGCUUGUGCGUCCUCCGCCCGCCCGCCCGCUCGCCCGCUCGCCCGGCCCGCGACUCAUGUCCCGCCGCAAGGCCGGCAGCGCGCCCCGCCGAGUAGAGCCCGCGCCCGCAGCCAACCCGGACGACGAGAUGGAAAUGCAGGACCUCGUCAUCGAACUCAAGCCCGAGCCAGACGCGCGGCCCCAACAGGCCCCAGGGCUGGGGUCCUUCUCCCCGAAGGAGGUGUCCUCGGCGGGGCGGUUCGGCGGCGAACCCCACCACUCCUCUGGCCCCAUGCCCGCCGGGGCCGCCCUUCUCGCCCUCGGCGCGCGGAACCCGUGGACUCUGUGGACACCGCUGACCCCGAACCUUCCUGACCGCCAGCCCUGGACCGACAAACACCCAGAUCUGUUGACCUGCGGCCGCUGCCUGCAGACCUUCCCGUUGGAGGCCAUCACUGCCUUCAUGGACCACAAGAAGCUGGGCUGUCAGCUCUUCAGAGGCCCCAGCGGCGGCCAGGGCUCAGAACGAGAGGAGCGAAAGGCCUUGAGCUGCCUGCGCUGUGGCAAACAGUUCACAGUGGCCUGGAAGCUGCUGCGUCACGCCCAGUGGGACCACGGACUGUCCAUCUACCAGACAGAAUCAGAGGCCCCGGAGGCCCCGCUCCUGGGCCUGGCCGAGGUGGCCGCAGCCGUGUCGGCAGUGGUGGGGCCAGCAGCUGAGGCCAAGAGCCCCCGUGCAAGUAGCAGCGGCCUCACCCGGCGGAGCCCCACCUGUCCCGUGUGCAAGAAGACCCUCAGCUCCUUCAGCAACCUCAAAGUGCACAUGCGCUCGCACACAGGCGAGCGGCCCUAUGCUUGCGACCAGUGUCCCUAUGCCUGCGCCCAAAGCAGCAAGCUCAACCGCCACAAGAAGACCCACCGGCAGGUGCCGCCCCAGAGCCCCCUCAUGGCCGACACCAGCCAGGAGCAGACCUCUGCGGCCCCUCCGGAGCCGGCUGCCCAUGCCGCUGCCCCCGCCAGCACCCUCCCAUGCAGCAGUGGUGAGGGGGCUGGAGCCGCCGCCACAGCAGGUGUCCAAGAACCCGGGGCUCCUGGCAGUGGGGCUCAAGCCGGCCCUGGUGGAGACACUUGGGGAGCCAUCACCACAGAACAGAGAACUGACCCUGCAAACAGCCAGAAGGCAUCACCGAAAAAGAUGCCCAAGUCAGGGGGCAAGAGCCGUGGGCCCGGGGGCAGCUGUGAGUUCUGUGGGAAGCAUUUUACCAACAGCAGCAACUUGACGGUGCAUCGGCGCUCGCACACCGGGGAGCGCCCCUACACCUGUGAGCUCUGCAACUACGCCUGCGCCCAGAGCAGCAAGCUCAACCGCCACCGCCGCAUGCACGGCAUGACGCCUGGCAGCACCCGCUUCGAGUGCCCUCACUGCCAUGUGCCCUUCGGCCUGCGAGCCACCCUGGACAAACAUCUCCGGCAGAAGCACCCGGAGGCGGCCGGGGAGGCCUGAGCCCAGGAAAGGCCGCCACUGUCCCUGGCACCGCCACCAACACUUGUUGACCUCCUGUUUUUGCCCCCUUUUCCAAGUAAAUUUCCCCUUUUAUUUA